AUGGCGAAGAGGAGCGUGGGAGAUCUGAAGGAGGCGGACCUCAAGGGGAAGAGGGUGUUCGUGAGGGUGGACCUGAACGUUCCCCUUGACGAGAACCAGAAGAUCACCGAUGAUACUAGGGUCCGGGCUGCCAUACCCACCAUCAAGUACCUCCGAGACCAUGGCGCCAGGGUCAUCCUCUCCAGCCACCUGGUGGGGAUCUUGAUCUUAGGGGAGGCAGGAGAAGAUCCUGGCCUUGUGCUUUUAUCUAGGUUUCUGUUCGAUUUAUUAUCUGGACAACAUGUGAAAAAUCGUGAUUUUUGUGAUCAGCUGUGUUGGAUUUGAACGAUUUUGUAUUUCUCAAUAUCUUUGUCCCGAUUUUCCCGCAGAUCAUAAUUACUGUGAACCGUCUUCUUAUAAAUUUUUGGAUCUUCUCAUGUUUUCAAUGGAUGCUUCUUUCUUCUUUCUUGGGACUCUUGAGAUGUUUUGUUGCUUCUCGAGAGUGGUCUAAACCCCAGUGUAGGUUUUUGGUUGUAUAGUACGUUUUAACCUAGUCAUAGAUUAUCACAUUUCGUUGGGCUUUUCUGUUUCACGUCCUCGAAAAUGAGGGUGAUAAGCCUAGGUUUUUUCUCUACUAUCUCUGUUGAAUUAGUAAUCUUCCCCAUUUUGUUGCACGACAUAUGAUCGUAUUUUGCCUUAGAAGGUUCUUUAUUGAAUAUACUCCACUGGCCACGUGUUUGUAGGAUUAUACUUCCUUUGGUCUUUAAAUAGAAAAGGCUGCUCCUUUCUCCAAUCAUUUCAUCAGUUUGUUGUUAUCAUGCUGUGCGGUUUAUUGGACUCCUCUCAUGGAUCUAUCUCGGUGCCAUCUUUACUAGUUGAAUCGAUGUGAUCUUGAAGAUGUUAGGAUCCUUUUUGACUUUUAUUUUCUUCCUCUUCGUUUCUUAUUUUUCUCAUCGUCAUCUUCCUCUUCCCUUUUUUUCUUCCUAGUCUGUUCUUAGUUUAGCUAAGAUUUUUGACUGAUGAAGCAUUUGAGAUAGGAGGGACUGGAGAUCCGUUGUUGGGAAUCCACCUCGGUAAUUUUGGGAACUUUAUAGUUAAUUAAACAUUUAUGCAUUAAACAUCUUGCAACGUUUAUGCAUUGAAUAUUUUUGGUUUUAUUUUGUCCUUUUGGUACACAAUGGAUUUCAUGUAGUUUCUAUGAAUCCGUUUCCAAUCCGGAUGUUUCAGAAAGAAGUUCGUUGGUUUCCAUAUUUUAUUUUUAUUGGGUCUGGUAUUUUAUGAUUAAUUUUGCUGGAAAUUGAUAUUCAUCCUUCUUGUCAUUCAGGGGCGUCCAAAAGGUAUUACCCCGAAGUACAGCUUGAAGCCUUUGGUUCCAAGACUAUCCGAAUUACUUGGUGUCAAUGUAUGCACUUUAAACUACCUUUACUGGCCUGUGUCUCCUUCUCAUCUAUUUUCUUCUCAUUUGAUGUGAUCUAAUGUUCCUUCACUCAUGGAAACAGGUUGAGAUAGCCAAUGACUCCAUUGGGGAUGAAGUUGAAAAAUUGGUUGCUGCUUUACCCGAAGGAGGCGUUUUGCUUCUCGAGAAUGUGAGGUUCUACAAGGAAGAGGAGAAGAAUGAUCCAGAAUUUGCCAAGAAGUUGGCUUCUCUUGCCGACCUUUAUGUUAAUGACGCUUUUGGUACGGCUCACCGUGCCCAUGCCUCAACAGAGGGGGUUACCAAAUACUUGAAGCCAGCUGUUGCUGGGUUCCUCAUGCAAAAGGUACCGCUGUAGCUUGUGCUUAUUUCUUGAGCAUCUUGAACCAGUAUGCUAAGCAGCCAAAUGCAUAUUGGAUUUUUCGUUCUCAUUUGUAAUCUUCUGCAUCAGCUCUUUUCCUUGAUGAUAAGGAACCUUAGUAUUGCUCAUAACUAUUCGUGGAUACCCAUGCUUUCUCUGGUUGCUAAACCUGGUACUUCACCUCCUGUUGCAUUCUCCCGAAACCCACUACCGCUUGCUGAUGGGGACUAAGCACAUAUUGUCCAAAAUAAGUGGACAACAUCAUAUAGCUCUAUUAGCGUAAAAAGGGUGUUAUGCUCUUUUUCUGCAGAAACUUUGGGCCUAAUCUGUUCUUUAGGGGUAGACCCAUGUAUGUGGUUACCUUAAGAGGAAGUAUGAAUUCGGGCAGAAUGUGUAUUUCUCAGUGUCACUUAGUCCUAAAUGCUAAAAUCAUCGUCUGGAAUGAAGGAUUAGAAUGACUAAUGAUCUAUAUUGUUCCUUAAUUCCAAAAUUUAUAUUGUGAAGAGAUACUAGUCAGUACCUGCUCGGUAUGCAUUUUUGUUCUUAUUUAAUCUCCAACUUUACAUCCUGUUUUAGGAACUUGAUUACCUUGUUGGAGCAGUUUCAAACCCCGAGAGGCCAUUCGCUGCGAUAGUUGGUGGCUCCAAAGUCUCAAGCAAGAUUGGUGUUAUCGAGUCUCUCUUUGAGAAGGUUAAUCUCCUCCUCCUCGGUGGAGGAAUGAUAUUUACAUUCUACAAGGCCCAAGGAUACUCUGUUGGUUCGUCUCUGGUCGAAGAAGAUAAGCUCGAGCUUGCCACGGCACUGAUUGAAAAGGCUAAGGCAAAGGGGGUGUCACUUCUGUUGCCCACCGACGUGGUUGUGGCAAACAAAUUUGCUGCUGAUGCAGAUAGCAAGGUAUGCCUGGUUCUAUUCCUCAAGGCUCUUCGAUCAUGCAAUAUUUUGAACUGUAUCUUCAAAACCAUAGUCAGUCUUUUGGGAUGAGGAUUCCAGAUCAAGUGUUUUCUCAUUUUAGGUCUUCCAUCAUAGAAGAGUCCAGUUGUUACUUUAUCUCCAAUGAAUCACUGUAAUGGUGAUAUCUUGCAGGUUGUCCCCGCAUCUGCUAUCCCCGAUGGCUGGAUGGGCCUCGACAUUGGACCCGACUCCAUCAAUACGUUCAGUGAGGCUCUGGAUGGCACCAAGACCGUCAUUUGGAACGGGCCAAUGGGAGUCUUUGAGUUUGAGAAAUUUGCUGCUGGAACUGAUGUAAGAUCGUGUACUAAUUUGCCUACUCUUUUCCCUGCAUGGUCGGAUGGGCUACGAGAUUUCUCACUUAGAUAUCCAAAUUUGGCAGGCGAUUGCAAAGAAGCUGGCUGAACUCUCUGGGAGGGGGGUGACGACCAUCAUUGGCGGCGGGGACUCGGUUGCGGCAGUGGAGAAGGCUGGGCUUGCCGACAAGAUGAGCCAUAUCUCAACUGGUGGCGGUGCCAGCCUGGAGCUGCUGGAGGGCAAGCCUCUUCCCGGGGUUCUCGCCUUGGAUGACGCAUGA